UCAACUUGGUGCACUUUCGUUUUCUCAAGGCAUCUCCUAAUAAUAGCAUUCCCUAGAGAAAAAGAGAAAGAAAGGGAAAAGCAAGAGAGAGAUGGAGUUUAAUGAACAAAGUUUCCUAGAGGAAUUAUUAGCUCUGAGAAGAGACAGUUGGGACACAAUUCCAACAGAAAUGAAUGAGAUUUUCUCUAGUGGCUGGAACUUUGAUUGCUUUGAUGAGAACCCUGCCAGCUUUCUUCCAAAUUCAUUUUGCCAAGAAUUCUCCGUGCCUUUCGAGCAAGACUUCAAUUACAACUUCAAUGAAGUCCACUGUCCAUUUGGCGAUGAAUUCUCUGCAGCACAAGUAACAGAUUCAUCAAAUAACACAUUUGAUACCCCGCCAUUUCCGGUUCAAGAAGAUUACUCGUUGAAUAUCGUUGAGGAAGGGGAAUCAGGCUUCCUUGCAGAUAAACUUCACAAGUUGGAUGUCCAAGCGGCUUGCAAGGCUGAGCCUAUUCAAUCACCUGAAGAACCAGUUUUCAACAUGGGAACCUGUAUAGACCGCAAGAACCGAGCUAAGAAGUUGGCGGGGCAGCCAUCGAAGAAUCUAAUGGCAGAGAGAAGGAGAAGAAAGCGGCUGAAUGAUCGGCUUUCGAUGUUAAGGUCAAUUGUUCCUAAGAUAAGCAAGAUGGAUAGGACAUCCAUACUUGGAGAUACUAUAGAUUACAUGAAAGAGCUCCUGGAGAGGAUCAAAAGUUUGCAGCAAGAAAUUGAAGCAGGCUCAAAUGAGUUAAACAUGGCUCACAUUUUCAAGGAUGUAAAACCAAAUGAAAUCUUAGUGCGAAAUACACCAAAGUUUGAGGUGGAAAGAAGAAAUGUGGAUACAAGGAUCGAGAUUUGUUGCACAGGAAAACCAGGACUGAUGUUGUCAACUGUAACAACCUUGGAAGCAUUAGGCCUUGAGAUUCAACAAUGUGUUAUCAGCUGUUUCAAUGAUUUUGCGAUGCAAGCGUCUUGUUCUGAGGACUUGGAACAGAGAACAUUACUAAGCUCUGAAGACAUAAAGCAGGCACUGUUUAGAAAUGCAGGUUAUGGAGGAAGAUGUUUGUAGGAACAAAAGAAGAGGACUACAAAAAAGAAGCAACUUCUGGUGAAUUUUUGAGAGAUUUCCAAAUUCUCUGUUAUUUCAAUGAGCAUUUGAAAGUGAGGGAUUGUAGUAAUUUUGCCUUCUUAAAUAAGUGAAAUUCUAGUCAUCAGAGCUUUGUAAUAACCGCUUCAAUUGGAUAUGUUUAUCAAUCCAAAAUUCUUUGUUUA